AUUUUAAAAAUAAUUAACAGAGGAACUUGAGUAUCUAUCGAGAGUAAAGUCGAUUACAGUCGAUUGUGCAGCAAAGCAACUUGAAUAAUUAUCGAAUGUAAAGUCGAUUCUACAGAAAAGCAAACUUGAAUAACUACAGUACAGUUGACUUCAGUCGAUUUUGCCGAGUUAAGCAACACUUUUUUCCAAAGUAUUUCAUCACAACUGCGUCAUUAAAAAAUUGCACAUUGAAAUCUCUUAAACUCUUGCGAAUUACAUCAAUAUGGCUUGCUUGAAAUCUCAAAAACUUGAAAUCGAAUCGCUGCAGCAGAUCUUUCCAAAGGAUCAUAACCGUUUCCAGCUGCUCAAUUGCAAUCCGAACGAUCUACGCUGCCGCUUUAUCGAUGGCAAUGGCAAGCAUUACGACAUUCAGGCGAGUAUUACGGUCACCUAUCCAAUGACUCCGCCCAUUUGGUACUCGGAAUGCGAUGAUGCGAAGCUUAGCGAAAUAAUGCAAGAGCUGGGCAAUAGCCAAGGAGAGGACAAUCACGUGGUGUUGCAGGUGGCUUCGUUGGUGCGUAAAUUGUGCGACACUCACAAUGUGCCGCUGCCAGAUAAUAUGGACAAGUUGACGGUGCCGAUGAAGCCACAGAAUGACAAUGAUAGUGACGACGACUCGAUGAAAUCGGAAAGAAUUCGCAAAGCCUAUGAGAAAGUAAUACUGAUGGAGACCCAAGAGAAUGAUGUCCACGAGAAGAGCGACGACGACUCGAUUGACUCGGAGAAAGCUAGCUCAAAAGAUGAGGAAGUGGAGCAGACCCUGCAGCAGACCCUCCAGAAACUGAACAACCAACAGGAUCGUCAGGAUCAAGCUCAAGGUCUUGCCGCUGGCUCGCCUAACGCCGUAAAUCGCCUAAUGAAAGAGCUGCGGCUCAUCUAUCAUUCUGACACUUUUAAACAGAAUGUGUUCUCGUUGGACCUAGACGAUGAUUCGAUCUACAACUGGAAUGUUUCCCUCCACUCGGUGGACAAGGACAGUCGCCUGUAUGCUGAUAUGUUAAAGCUAAAGGAAAUCGAUGGCGAAGGUGCCAUCAAGCUGCAAUUUAGGUUCAACGAUAACUAUCCAUCUUCGCCACCCUUUGUGCGUGUCGUCUACCCCUUUAUUUUGGGAAGUUUUGUCACACAAGGCGGAGCCAUUUGCAGGCAAUUGCGAACCAAUUCCGGUUGGACUUCCGCCUACACCGUCGAGUCACUGAUCAUUCAAAUUGCAGCCGCACUGUCUCAAAACGAUGGACGCAUCUUCUUCGGCAUUUCAAGCUGUUUACUUGAGAAGGUCUACACCCUUGAAAGAGCCCAGCGCAACUUUUAAUUGGCCGAGAGGAUGCACAACAAACUUGGUUCGUCGCAAUUAGACAGACCCGAAAGCUAAACAGUCACAGUUUUGCAACUCUCCCUCUCUCUGUUCUGUAAUGCUUGCUAACGUCUGAUCUGAGUGAAUACAUUCCCUACAUAUGUUACGAGGAAUUUAUUUUGUUAGCUCAAAAAUUUGAAAACUGAUUUAAAAAUCUGAUGAAAUAAUAUUAAAUUUGUAUAAAGUUUUGUAUUUAGUAUUAAGUUAUCUUUUGAAAUGUUCUCUAUACGAAUGGGGAAAUUUAUUUGUUAACCUAAAAAUUUGAAAACUGAUUCUAAAAAUUGACAACUUUGAAUUUGUUUUCAGUUUUCCAUUUAUAAUUAAGUUGCUAUGAAGAAAUUCUUUUGUUAGCUCAAAAAUUUGAAAACUGAUUUAAAAAUCUGAAGGAAUAAUAUUGAAUUUGUAUUUAGUAUUAAGUUUCCUUUUGAAAUGUUCUUUAUAGGGAUUACAGAACGACUUACAGGGAGAUUCAGUCCUUAAAUUUCUUUUUCAGUCCUUAAAUAUUUCUUUUGUAUUCGCAGUUCACUUAAAAUGAUUCAUAUUUUUAUAAGCUAAGAUGUUUAACAGUCAAAAAUUGGAUGAAAAUAAAAUACUUUUGAUUUUGUACAUUAA